GUCGCGAUCGUUUGCGCGUUCGAGCGUCCGUCCGUCUGUGCGUCUGGAGCGUUCUCUCUCUCCGCCGGUCAAGAUGUUGCUCAUCCAACCUUCAGAAGAGAUGUCCAAGCAGAUACGGGUGGGCCUGAAUGAGAACCCGGCGACCCGAGACAAGGACCUCGAAGCUAUCAAAGAAUGGCUCGCUAAACAACCACACUUACCUCACUUCAAUGAUGACCAAAGAAUAAUGACGUUCCUACGGGGUUGCAACUUCUCUUUGGAGAGAUGCAAGAGGAAGCUGGACAUGUACUUCACGAUGCGCUCCGCGCUACCCGAGUUCUUCUCUAAUCGCGACGUCACCAGGCCGGUGAUGCAAGAUAUAGUGAAGAUUAUACACGUGCCCGUUCUGCCGGGCCUCACGAAGGAAGGUAAUCGAGUGAUCCUGAUGCGAGGAAUCGAUAAAGACUUCCCGACUCCCAACGUUGCGGAAGCCAUGAAGCUGGUGCUGAUGAUCGGCGAUGUACGCCUCAGGGAAGAGUCCCACGGGGUGGCCGGCGACGUUUACAUCCUCGACGCCGCGGUAGCGACGCCUACACACUUCGCCAAGUUCACGCCGUCCAUGGUGAAGAAGUUUUUGGUGUGCGUGCAGGAGGCUUACCCGGCGAAACUCAAACAGGUGCAUGUGAUCAACGUCAGUCCGUUCGUCGACACGAUCCACAAUUUCGUCAAGCCUUUCCUCAAGGAGAAGAUACGCGAGCGCAUCUUCAUGCACAGCGAUAUAAACACGCUUUACGAUCACGUGCCGAAGGAGGUACUGCCGAGCGAGUACGGCGGAGACGCCGGACCCGUCCAGGCUAUACACGACAAGUGGAUAAAGAAAUUGGAGGAAUACACACCGUGGUUCGCGGAGCAAGAGGCCGUGAAGACCAACGAAGCCCUGCGACCGGACAAACCAAAGACGCAUGACGACUUGUUCGGUCUCGAUGGAUCCUUCCGGCAGCUGAUGAUCGAUUAAAUCAAAGCACGUCCUUCCUCCCCUCUCUCCUCGCUGGGAAGUGUCGCGAGACCGUAAUCAUCGCCAACGGCAGUCGUUAAGCGAAUCGUUCGUUCACGUGAGAGCAGAUACUUCGAAGCCCGGUCGAUUGCGAAACUUCGUUCACCACGUGACGACAACAUGUAAUACACUUCCGUUUUUUUCGAGCAGCUAUUGUAAGCGGAGCGAUUCGUGCCCACGAGUAAUUCACACGAUAAUGCCUGAAAUCGCGAAAUCGUGAGGGCAUCAUAAGGGCCAGACGAGAAAACCCGGACAAGAGCAAUUGUAGGAGUAAAAACGGUCGUCAUUAUCAUCUGCGUGUCUUCAUGCCCGCGGUUAAAUUAACGACAAAACUUCGCCAAAAGAGCUGCUUCCUUUCUUCGAGAACUGAACGGAGUAUUGUUGAUCGAAAAAAAAAGAACAGUAGAAAUUUUUUGCUUCUUCGAGAGUUCUCAAUACGAGCUUCUUCUCAAUUCUCAAUACGCUUCAAUACGAGCGUAAGCAUACUCCAUUAUUAUAAUAAUGGAGAACACUUUUUUUCCUUUGUAGACGCCGUCGAUCGUGUAUAGACACGGCGUGGCUGAAGUCGUUCGCGUGAUACACUGAUAUUCUCCAUCGUGAGAGAUUCUUUUCCUAACUCGACACCGGGAAUGUAGAUAAAUCAGAAGCGGGAUAUGUAAUUACGAACACAAUCGAGCGGCUUGUAAAUAAAUUCUAGAUUUCUAGAAAAUAGAAUCUCUCCAAUUUCGUAAUCGACACUGAACAUUCGUCGGCUAAGUUCUCGGCAUGUCGCACGCCGUGACUCGCGCAAAGAUACACGUUGGACGUAGAGUUUUCGUCACAAGGAUGCGCGAGAAACCUGUACAUAAUUAUGCGUUACCGUAACGAGAGCCGGUAGGUGAAAUACCGGCUUUAGCCAACGUCGAAAUUUCGGCAAACUUGCAGCAAACCCGAGAGAGAAGUGUCUUGUUUUUUUGUUCGUUUUUUAGAAGGAACAAGUCUCUCGGAACCGGCUGCGGCUGCAGAUUACCGACGUUGAUUUGUCCCGAAGUGGAAUGAAAAAGGAAAGAUUCGGCGAGAAUGUCGCGUCUAGUGAAAGGUGUGCGCGCGGCCGCUUGACUGUAACUGCUAAAACCGUCCGAAUUUCAACAAGAGCUGCAAACAGCUCUGAUAUUAAAGCAAUUAAUUCGAUAUUACUAUUAAUAGUCGCGAUUUAUCACAUGUCAUAUCGUUACUAUAAAUAAGUCACAUAAUUAAUAUGUAAUGAAUGUGGGACAAAUUAUAGAGAGCGUAUAUCGUUUACAUGCGUAAAUAUGCAGGACGACUAAUAUGUACGCUGUGUGCAAAAAUUACUGGGAAAUAUACGAAAUUU